GCCAAGUUUGACAAAAACAUGCCCAGUGAGACGCAGAGUAAAAUUCACUUGGUUGAUUUAGCUGGAAGUGAACGUGCUGAUGCCACAGGUGCUACUGGUCAAAGACUUAAAGAAGGUGCUAGCAUUAACAAGUCUCUAGUGACACUAGGGAAUGUAAUAUCAACUCUUGCUGAUAUGUCAGAAAAGGGUCCCAAGAGCCGCAAUGUGUUUGUGCCAUAUCGAGAUUCUGUAUUAACGUGGUUACUAAAGGAUAGCUUGGGAGGCAAUGCAAAAACUGUUAUGAUAGCUACUAUUUCCCCUUCAAGUGUCAACUAUGGAGAGACCCUCAGUACUCUGAGAUAUGCCAACCGAGCAAAGAACAUCAUCAACAAGCCUACUGUUAAUGAGGAUCCAAAUGUGAGGCUUAUCCGUGAACUGAGGGCUGAAAUUGAAAGGCUGAAGGCAUUGCUAGGAGGAAACAUAGAUAACAUCACUGGGCCCAAAGUUCAAGAAAGACUACAUGAGAGUGAGGCCAGAGUGAAAGUGUUGACAGAGGAAUGGACAGGAAAGUGGAAAGAAGCACAGAAUAUCUUGCAGCAAGACAAUAAUCUGGCCUUAAAAAAAGAAGGGAUGGGGAUUGUCCUGGAUUCCCAGUUGCCUCACCUGAUUGGAAUCGAUGAUGAUCUGCUCAGCACAGGCAUCAUGUUGUACCAUUUGAAGCNCAAUGCAGUGCGUACUACAGCUUCUACCUUGAUGAAUGACACAAGCAGUAGGUCACAUGCAAUAUUCACAGUCAGAUUUCUACAGGCCAAGUUUGACAAAAACAUGCCCAGUGAGACGCAGAGUAAAAUUCACUUGGUUGAUUUAGCUGGAAGUGAACGUGCUGAUGCCACAGGUGCUACUGGUCAAAGACUGAAAGAAGGUGCUAGCAUUAACAAGUCUCUAGUGACGCUAGGGAAUGUAAUAUCAACUCUUGCUGAUAUGUCAGAAAAGGGUCCCAAGAGCCGCAAUGUGUUUGUGCCAUAUCGAGAUUCUGUAUUAACGUGGUUACUAAAGGACAGCUUGGGAGGCAAUGCAAAAACUGUUAUGAUAGCUACUAUUUCCCCUUCAAGCGUCAACUAUGGAGAGACCCUCAGUACUCUGAGAUAUGCCAACCGAGCAAAGAACAUCAUCAACAAGCCUACUGUUAAUGAGGAUCCAAAUGUGAGGCUUAUCCGUGAACUGAGGGCUGAAAUUGAAAGGCUAAAGGCAUUGCUAGGAGGAAACAUAGACAACAUCACUGGGCCCAAAGUUCAAGAAAGACUACACGAGAGUGAGGCCAGAGUGAAAGUGUUGACAGAGGAAUGGACAGGAAAGUGGAAAGAAGCACAGAAUAUCUUGCAGCAAGACAAUAAUCUGGCUUUAAAAAAGGAAGGGAUGGGGAUUGUCUUGGAUUCCCAGUUGCCUCACCUGAUUGGAAUCGAUGAUGAUCUGCUCAGCACGGGCAUCAUGUUGUACCAUUUGAAGGAGGGGAGGACAUCAAUAGGAAGAGCUGAUGCAGAAGUACAGCCAGACAUAGCGCUCUCUGGUCUGGAGGUGGAAAAGGAACACUGUUAUAUUGAUAAUGUGGAUGGCAUUGUCACUUUAAGUCCCAUUGCUGAUGCUAUAUGCACAGUGAAUGGUGUCAGUAUAGAGGAACCAACUAAACUUUACCAAGGUGCUGUCAUUCUGUUGGGUAAGACAAACAUGUUUCGUUUCAACCACCCAAAGGAAGCUGCCAGACUUAGACAAGAGCGGAAAUUACUCAGUCCGGACAUGAAGGGUGGUUUAGGCAAGCAGUGGUCUUCAAGGGUAUCCCUCCUUAGUGCAUCCAUGACUGACCUGUCAAGGGCAAGGUCGACUGACAACCUGUCAAUGUUUUCAGGCUUAGGGAAUGAUUUGGAGCAGAGGCACAAAAAUGAGCUGGUUAACUUGGAGGCCAAGCGACAAGAAAUAGAGGAUUUAGAAGAGAAGUUUCGCCAGCAUGAGGAUGCAAGACAAGCUGAACAAGAGAGCAAGGAGAAUGAGCUGGAAAAGGCAAAGUCAGAGUUAGAGGGCAUGAAGCAGCAUUUGAAACAGUGGAAGGAAGAUGAGAUGAAAGGAGAGUGGCAGAAAUUGGAAGAGGAAAGGGAAUACUUGCAUAGAAAAAUGGACGAAGAGAGAAAAAAAUUAGAAGAAAUGGAGAGGAAUUAUCAUAAAUCUGUGAUGGAGGCAGAACAGGAGCUUAUUGAGGCACUGGAAACAUUUGAGAAAGAAAAACAGCUUCAGCAAGAAACAUUGGAAGAAGAAUGGAAACGAAUUGAAGACAAAGACAGAGAGCAGCAAGAAAAAGUGCGAUAUUUAGAAGAAGAAAUUGCCAGAAAGAGGGAACUUGUACAGAGAGAAAAGGCAGAGGUGAAAUGUCAGGAGAUGGAACUCAAUUUAAUGGAAGAGGAAAGACAUCGUCUGCUCAGCCAAGAGGAAGGUGGUUCCUUCAAUUCUGAAACAGUGGAAACAUGGUCUGAUGAAUAUGCAGCUAUUCAGCAUGCACUAUCAGACCUUGACACAAGAGAAGAAACACUAGAAAAUGACUAUGAGGAGGCGAAGGCAGAACUCCAAUAUGAGCAUAACAAAUUAGAAUCAGAAUUGAAACUAGAAAGGGAUGAUUUAAGAAAAAGUCAAAGAGCGCUUGAUGAAAUGGAAGCAAAAUAUAAAGCUGCUUCAGAAGCAGCAAAUGUUGACAGUGAAGAAGAGAGGCAAGAGGUAGAGCAGCAAUUCAUUGCUUUACAAACAAUGAAGAAAAAUCACAAAGAAAAAGAAAACUGCCUUGAAGAAAAAGAAAAGGAAUACAGCCAAAAGAAAAUAUCCGAGAUGCAGCAGUUACAGGAGUACAAAGACCAGGAGACGAAAAAAAUAACAGAGGACAGGACAGGCCUUAGAGACAGAGGAAAUAAUAUUUUACAAUUAGUGGAGCAGGAAUUAACAUCAAAAAGUAAACUCUUACAGGAACACAAAUUGAAAGUUCUCCAAGAAGAACACAUUUUAUCUGAAUUGGAGAAAAAACAUGAAGGUCUUGUGAAGGUUUCUUUUGAACAAAGGGGGUGUAUUGAUCAAGAGAAGCAAAAAUUGCUCAAUGCACAGAAAGAGGAAGAAAGGCAUGCAGAGGCUCAGGUUGACGAAAAGAGGGAGUCCGUGGAAUCCAGGAAAAGCCAAGGGCAUGAAGUCCUGGAGGGACAGAGAAGCAG